AUGUUUUACGUCGUACAUUCUCCUCUUGAUCUUCCUUCUCUUCAUAGCAUCACCCACUGUCCAUUACCAUCCAUCAUUCGUUGUAUGUUUGUGUGUUCUACUCAUCCCACUUUUUACUCUUUUCUUUUCUUUUCUUUUCUUGAUCUGUCCGCCGUUCUUGUAAUUUAUCAUCGAAGUAAAAUGGAUUACCUAAUACUAGAAGCCUUCCAAACUUUAAGCUUCAAGAAUGAUCUCACAACAAUUCUCAAACGACUCUUUCUUGGACUCUCCACUCAUUUGCUCGACUCUACUAAUCUCGAAGGGGUUCAAAUCACUAUGUUGGGGACGAGGGGGUAA